AUGUCUGGAAGGACUUUACCUACGUUUACUCCCGCCGAGGUCGAGUUCCAUAACACAUCCAAGUCCUGCUAUGUGACUGUGGGCUCCAGGGUCUACGAUGUCACCUCUUUUGUGGAUGACCAUCCCGGAGGCGGCGACCUGAUCUUGGAAUACGCCGGUAAGGACGUGAAGGAAAUUCUGCGUGAUUCUGUGUCGCACGAACAUUCCGAAGCGGCCUACGAGAUCCUCGAGGAUAGCUUGGUUGGCUUCGUUGCCUCCGCCAACGGACAAUCCACAUCCACGAAUGGAACCGCAGAGACUUCGGAGCAUGUGUUUCCCACCACUGGCAUGUCCCGUGAGGAGGAUUUGUCCGUCGAGACGGAUUACACCAAAGAUUACCAGACUCACAAGUUCCUGGAUUUGAACAAGCCGCUGCUGCUUCAACUUUGGAACAGCGGAUUUAGCAAAGAGUUCUACCUGGACCAAGUCCAUCGUCCACGUCACUACAAGGGCGGCGCUUCGGCUCCCUUGUUCGGCAACUUCCUUGAGCCUCUCAGUAUCACUCCCUGGUAUAUGGUUCCGAUAAUUUGGCUUCCUCCUGUCACCUAUGGAACUGUUCUCGGUCUUGCUGGAUUGGGCAAUGUGCCUGCGGGCGUUGCCUACUGGUUGACUGGUCUCUUCCUUUGGACGUUGAUUGAGUACAUCAUGCAUCGGUUUCUGUUUCACGUUGACAAGUACCUACCCGAUAAUCGUGUUGGUAUCACUCUUCAUUUCUUACUACACGGAAUCCACCAUUACGUCCCCAUGGAUAAAUAUAGACUCGUGAUGCCACCGGCCCUGUUUGUUGUUUUGGCCACGCCGUUCUGGAAAUUGGCACACAGCGUCUUUUUCUACAAUUGGUAUGCCGCUCUUACCGUCUUUUGCGGCGGCGUGUUCGGCUACAUCUGCUAUGACCUGACUCACUACUUCCUCCACCAUCGCAAUCUCCCUCUCUACUACAAGCAACUCAAGAAGUAUCACCUUCAGCAUCACUUUGCUGACUUCGAUAAUGGGUUUGGUGUCACGAGUCGCUUUUGGGACCGUGUCUUUGGCACGGAGCUUGAGAUGCCAUCCCCCAAAGGGGCAAAGGCCCAGUAA